AUGAAAGUUCGUGAAUGGAGUACGAGUCUUACCCAUACUACGAUUGAAAAGCUGCAUGUACCACUCACUGUCUUGACAGAUGAAGAACUCAUGUUGAAAGAUACGGUUGUUCGAUUUGCUACAAAUGUCAUUCAACCACAUGUUCGCAAGAUGGAUGAGACUGGAGAAAUGAGUCAUGAGGUUAUUCAAGGUCUUUUCGAUACGGGGUUAUUGGCUGUUGAAAUUCCAGUUGAAUAUGGAGGUGUUGGUGCAUCAUUUAUGAGUCUCAUCCUAACAAUUGAAGAGCUUUCAUGCAUUGAUCCUAGUAUCGGAUUACUAUGUGAUUUGCAAAAUACCGUUGUGAGUAACGUGUUUUGGCGUUAUGGCACAGAGGAACAACGUGAGAAAUAUCUUCCUCGACUCUGUAGUAAUACAGUCGGUAGCUUUUGUCUUACAGAAGCUCAAGCUGGAAGUGAUGCGUUUGCACUUCAAACAAAAGCAGAUGUAUCAAAUGAUGGAAGUUAUUACACGCUGAAUGGAGAAAAAAUGUGGAUCUCAAAUGUUGAACAUGCUAACGUCUUUCUCAUUAUGGCAAACGUUGAUUCAUCCUUAGGAUACAAAGGCAUUACUUGUUUUGUUGUAGAGCGAGGGACACCUGGACUUUCAUUUGGCCCCCCCGAGAAGAAACUUGGACUCAAUGCAUCAUCUACGUGCUCUGUGAUCCUUGAUAAUGUCAAGGUUCCACGCGAAAACAUUAUAGGUGAUGUUGGUCAGGGCUACGCAAUUGCCAUUGGACAAUUGAACGAAGGCCGCAUCGGCAUUGCUGCUCAGCAGUUAGGAAUUGCAGAAGGUGCUUACCGCCACGCAAUGCCAUAUCUUUUUCAGCGGCAACAGUUUGGUCGUGCUAUUGGUGACUUUCAAGCAAUGCAGCACCAGUAUGCGGAAAUAGCGGUGGAGCUUGCAAGUGCUCGUCUACUUGUCUACAACGCCGCUCGACUCAAAGAUGCCGGUCAUGAUUUUGUUCAAGCUUCCUGUAUGGCCAAACUGCACGCGUCGCGCGUAGCAGAACGGACCGCCUCGCGAUGCAUUGAGCUGCUAGGUGGCGUUGGGUUUUCCAAACAGCUCAUGGCUGAGAAGUUUUACCGAGACUGCAAGGUCGGCACCAUCUAUGGCGGCACGAGCAACGUUCAACUCAGCACCAUCGCACGCUUGAUAAAGCGGGAGCUCGUCUAG